AUGGGUAUAAUUGUUCGAAAUCGUAGAGGACAACUAGCGGAUGGCAGAGCAAAGUCAAUUGCAGCACUGUCAAGCAGAUUUUCGGAGGCAGCUGCUGUUAGGGAAGCUUGCAUGAUGGCGAGAUCUGUGCAACUACAAAAUGCAAUGAUAGAGAGUGAUAGUGCAGAGAUCAUCCAUCUCAGCUCAACGCAAAUUGUUCCUCCAUGGGAAAUUGUAGUCUUCAUUGAGGAUAUCAAAACAAAUGUCAGAAUGCUAAAUUUGAAUCUCAGCAAACUACCUAGAACCCUAAACAAACCGGCUCAUUAG